GGUGUGACUGAGAACCAAAUAAAAAAACAUUUAGAUAAAUAUUAUAUCUAGACAUGCAUGUAAAUGUAAUGGAAAUACAAGGCCGUUUGGCGAAAAAACAUGACCAAUGGCCAAAGUUCAAAACAAACAAACAACAAACAAUCAAUAUCAUCCUUACAUCCCGUUUCAUCCUGGAUUUGAGCAAUUUCCUCUUGACGUAAAAGUAACGACGACUUAUUUCCCAUGAUAAAUGAGUUCUUGAAGCAAAAAGUGCGAAAGUUCACUGAUUUUACAAGCGCUCGAAGUGAACAAUUUUCUAUUACUUAUUGCGUGUUUUAUAAGUACUGGAACAUUGACUGUCUCUCAAUAACAAUAAAACUGAACGUCAUUGACAGCUUGCCAUUUGACGUAACUUGUUUAUUGCCCAACUAGCAUUGUUACUCACUUCUUCCGAAAUUAUACCUAUUUUUCACAAUUUUAUCCCUUUAUUGAGAUAUUUUUUGCACUUUUCUUGAACUAUAUUUAUAUUCUUUUUCUUGUUCAAAUUCUAAGUUUUAUGCGUUGUUAAAUCUUUUUCGCGAAACGAUAACACACUGAUUAAUUGUUUUGGUAGAUGUGUCCAACCCUGCUGAAUAUUAGCACGUUUGACCUUAGAUUGUCAUGCAUUGCACUGAAAACAAACGAAUACAAAUUAAAUCUUCCAACAUCACAGUGUAGAAAAUAACAUUUGAUUAUUGACUAAAAAUUGGUGGAUUCUAAAAUAUUUGUGAUUUGCAUUAUAUACUAUUUUGAUACACCGUAUCAUGGAUUCUAGCGACAGUGACAGUGCUUUAAUCAAAAAGGAAAUCAUUUACAGGGGAUCCGAAUAUAUACCAUUGGUUGAUGGCACAAAAGUGAGAUUUCAUUAUCAAACAAAGACAUGCUACGAAAAUGAGGAGCAAAAAGUGAUUGAUGACAGCAAGAAGGGUGGAAAGCCAAUGGAAUUAAUUAUCGGGAAGAAAUUCAAAUUCGAAGUAUGGGAAGCGAUUGUGAAGAAAAUGUCUUUAAACGAAGUGGCAAAGUUUCACGUAAACAAAUCGCUCGUGGCCCAAUAUCCAUUUAUAUCGAAAACACUGCGCGAUAUUGAUAAACCCAAAGAGGAAAGAAAGCACUGCUGCGGCAUGACAAUUCAAAAUGAAGGUAUUGGCUACAAAGAUUUGGACGAUCUGUUUACAAAACCAUGUGAUCUCGAGUUUAUUAUUGAAUUAAUUUCGGUUGAGCUACCAAACGAGUAUGAGAAAGAAAAUUGGCAGUUAUCCGAGAAUGAAAAAUUUAAUACAAUAAAAGAAUGUCGUGAGAUCGGAAAUGAACUCUAUCGAAAUGGGAAAAUUGACGAAGCCGAAGAAAAGUAUAGAUCUGCGUUAGCUAUCAUUGAACCACUAUUGCUGAAAGAGAAGCCACACGACACGGAAUGGCUGGAAUUAAUUAAAAUCAAGAUUCCACUGCUGCUCAAUUACGUGCAGUGUAAAUUGAUAAAGAAGGAUUAUUACGCGGUGAUUGAACAUUGCAGCGAAGUAUUGAAGCAUGAGCCAAACAAUGUCAAAGCAUUGUAUCGAAGAGCAAAAGGGCAUGUCGGGGCAUGGAAUACUGAUGCCGCCAAAAAUGACUUCCAGAAGUGUCUGCAACUCGAUAGCAGUCUAACAAAAAGCAUUAAUCGAGACCUGGAACAACUGAAUCAAGAUAUCAAAUUGAACGAAGUCGAAGCAAAGCUACGAUAUAAAAAUCUGUUCUCUUGAGUAAAAUGAUUGCAAACUAGUUAAUUUUCGGUAAUAAUGGAAUAUAUGUAAUGUCGUCCUGUAAAUUUCGUAACCACCAAGACCAAAGUGUACCAUUUUCAGUCAAAUUGAAAUAAAUGCUUGAUUUGUUGUUUCCCAGUGAAA